CCUCGUCCGCUACAGAAAGCCAGUGAGAAUGGGUCACUCCCACCCACUCAUUUUCUCAAUCAUAACACAUCCACCCUCACUCUCUGCUUCUCUGUCUUUCACAAACGCGGACACACACAAACACAAAAUAUUUUCACACUUCCUAUAAUCCAUCUUUUCCAAUUCAUAAUUCAUAAAGUGUCUCUAAUCCCACUCCACUUCACUGGUUUUCCCCGACCAGACUAGUCCCAUCCUAACCAUUCAGAUUUUAAUUUUCAAGGAAUUCUCCUCUCUGAUCUGCCCUAUAAAUCUACUAAGCAAACACAAAGGACAGUCACAAUUUUUUUUUUUGUUUAAAAAAAUGUCAAUGGACAUGAUGGCAACCGAACGUGUUUGUUAUGUUCACUGCAACUUCUGCAACACCACUCUAGCGGUUAGUGUUCCAUGCAGCAGUUUGCUCACCAUAGUUACGGUUAGAUGUGGACAUUGUGCCAAUUUGCUGACAGUUAACAUGGGAGCAUCACUUCAAACUUUUCCUUCUCAAGACACUACUCAGCGAUUUUCUACCGUUGGUAAGUUACAGAGACAGCAUCUCAGUGUUCAAGAAGCAUGCAGCAAGGAACUAGGAUCAUCAUCAAAGUGCAAAACAUUUGAGACCGUAGACCAUGAUCAGCAACCUAGGAUUCCUCCUAUUCGUCCUCCUGAGAAGAGACAACGUGUUCCUUCUGCUUAUAACCGGUUCAUUAAGGAGGAAAUACAAAGAAUUAAGGCUAGUAAUCCAGAUAUCAGCCACAGGGAAGCAUUUAGCACAGCAGCCAAAAACUGGGCACAUUUCCCUCACAUUCACUUUGGGUUAAAGCUGGAUGGCAAUAAGCAAGCAAAGUUGGACCAGGGGGAUGGUACUCAAAAGUCUAACGGAUUUUACUGAUUACAUAUAUAUAAACGGAAGUUUAUCAUUAUCAACUGGUUUUUUCUGUGCUUGACCUAAAUCAGUGAAAAAUGAGGUUGAUCAAAUUUCCCAAUCAUACAACUGGAUGGGAAGACUCCUGAAAAUUGACCUCAGCAUCUCACCCAUCUUUAAUAUAUAUUAUUAUUAUAUGUAUGUGUUGCCUUUUUCUAGUUGUUAUGAAAUGAUUGCUAUUCUUGUGAUUGCAUUAAAUUACUAUGUUGAACUUAGUCACUUAAGUAAGUAAACAUUAUUGUAAGUUUCCUUCUCUUUAUAAUGUGUCUUGCUAUUUAGUAUC